GGAGGAUAUCCUCUUCAUCUUUGACUCUCACAAGUCACAUGGAUCAUCUCGGAAGACCAAUCUCUUUCCGCCUUUGUUCCUGUCUUCUAUCUUCGUGCAGAUUCCUAGGAAGGAUAAUUCAUUUGAAUUCCCCGAUUUGACUUGCAAAAGUCGUUCUUUGGCAUUGUGUUUCUCCUUAGCAUAUGCAAUGUUAUUGUCUUGGUGUGUCACAUUCUCAAAUUGUAAACUAAAGUGGUCAUUUGUUAAUUUGGUAGUUUGGAUUGCCAAUGUAUGUUGCAACUAGAGGAAUUUGUCGAGGCUUAGUUCGAGGUUCAAAGAAGACUUAGAUUUUUUUUACAACACAAUCUUGUUGGCUUGGGACAUAGGUAGUACAAUCCAAAUUCAUGUUCAACUGCCCAUUGCAAGAUUUAAGAUUUGGGGUUUCGUUGUGGGGUUUGUCUUAAACCUUGGGCACUUCUUGGUGUAGGGGAGGAGCUCAUUGUAAGGAAAUUAAGGUCUCAAAAUGAAAGCCUUUAAGACCUGACAUGUCAUCCAAAUCAAGAGUUUUCUUUGAGUAAACUCACAUUGAGUUUCCUACAUCUUAUUGCUAAGACUGUAGUGUUAUGUGUAGUUUAUUCAACUAAAGAGAAACUCAAACAGGAGUAUGUUGGCCUUUGUGGAAAUGAAUUUAAAGCUUGAAGGCUUCACAUGUUGAGGACAUUUCCAUGUGCAAACUUGCAACUAUUUGAAAAAGAAGUUAUAGGGAUGGAGAAACACCAGAAGAGAAUGAAAGAUGAAGAAUUUCCAGAGUUUUCAUGUAAAAGGUAUCUUGCUUGGUGACAGACGGCUGUCAUACUGAAACCAGUAGCUUCACCAGGUGUCAGCACAACCAUAAGGAGCAUGCUUUCCGUAGAGUUGGCUUUUGAACCUAAGAUUGUAUAUGUGAGAAAAGCAUCUGUUUUCAUUUGUGUUGGUUCUUCUCGGUAGAUAUAUGCUGAAGUUCCGUUUCUUAGGUCAGCAAAAUGGUGCAACGACAUCUGACAUGAGGGAAUAAGUAGGUCAGCGAAUGGUGCAACAUCAUCUGACAUUAAGGAGUAAGAAGGUGGGCUCUUAAGAUAAUCUAAAAAAGGUUUCUCUUAACAACCUCAGUAUUCUCUGAAGAUUGUGGGCUUAAUCCACUACAAGAUUCUGCAAACGAGACUGCUUCUUCCAGGAGGCAAGUGUCUAUUGUUUUCUUCCUUUAGUCGCAGACUAAAAGAUACAGUAGUAACAACACAACUAGUCUUGUUCUUUUAACUCAUAACUUGUGCUGUUGUCUGACCAUAGCAAUUAGUAGGCACAUGCGUUUUGCAACUACUGAUAUGUCGUCACUCUUUUGUCAUCAUUGAGGUUUAGGCCCUUGACAAAGGCAAAGAGGCAAGAGAAGGAGGACGUUAAGGCGUUAAGAGAAAAGCUUCGUCUGGGCCUGAAGAUUUAGUUACCAGAAAGUUGUAGGAAUUGCUUAGGCAAGUCUUCGUGUGUAGGAUUCAAUAACAGAGAUGUUUCAGCUUCUAGGAGAUAUGUGUUAUGUUGCAGAAGAAUCAGAUGUGGUAGACUUGUAGUUGUGUGUUAUUUGAUUCCAUGGACAUAUGUAGACUUUGUACAGUUCAACACUAUGGGAUGUGUAAAUAUCAUUGUUAUUUGAUUUUUUUAAUUUUGUUUCUAAAAGAUUGAAAUAUGUAACAGUUAUUCUACUGUUAUACUAGUUCAGAUUAAAAGGGAUUAAAAAAAAAGAGAGACACCCCUUUUUGCACAAGCAAAAACAAAUACAAGAGCGGUGAAAAUUAUAAAACAGAUUGUGAAGAAGAAGAAAAAAAAAGUCCAUAGGAAAAUCAAAAGAAAGUUGUUAUAGAGAGAGCGAGCUUGCGUUAGGAAGAAGACAAGGCCACAGCAGCUAGCGUAGGAGAUUCCCAAAAAGCGUUUCUAUAGAUUCUUCGCGGUCAUUUGAGGGACUCAUAAAGAAGUUGACCAACAGAGUCACCGGUGGUUAGAUAAGGGGAUGUGCUUUCAGAUACUUUGCAAACAUGUUGGUGGAAAGUUCCUUCAGCUCUUCCGUUGAAUCUAGUCUACUGAACACUUCCGAGUAUCAAGACCCAUUUGCUGCAAAUGAUUGGAUGUCGUCGCUUGCUGAAACUUAUCACAUGAUCCACAAACUUCCCGAACACUCUCAAGUAAGCUUUCUUGAUGCUGUUCCUGAUGCAGUGGAACUUAAUGAAUCAGAAGAACAUCCAAAACUUCAAGCAAGUUGUCCAGAGCAAAAUGUUAUGCAUAAGGUACCGGAAAAGGUUUUGACUUCUCUUGUGUAUAGUCGAAGAAAGAGGAGUGUGGUACCUGAGGGAACUGAGGAACAUAACCUAGGAAAAUGCAAGAAACAGGAUGAUUCAUUUGAUGACUCUAUUGUCCCAGUUUAUAACCCUGGAGAAAGCACAAAAAGGAAAAAUCGCUUCAACAACUGUCUUGUCUAUAGCCGAAAGAAAAAGAGAGGCGAAACCAGUUGUGCUACCGGAGAAACUAUAAUAAGGGCUGAUGGGAUUGAUGAUGCUUUUGUCUCUGGGCACAACUGUGGAGAAGCCAAGAAAAGAGAAGAUCAAUUAGAUAUUUGUCUCGUGUAUAGCCGCAGAAAGAAAGAUGGAGUAAAAUCUAUCAGCGGUGAUCAAGCUGAUUCUAUUGAAUAUAGCCAAAGGGAGCAGAUAGUUAAAGCUGAUGGGGGCUUUACUGGAUCUAACCCUGGAGAAGUCAAGAAUAGUGGUCAUCGACAUCUUUACAGCCAAAGUAAGCCGUUGGUGAAAUCUGAUGGCAGUUUUGCUGAAUGUCACAGUUGGGGAACCAAGAGAACUGGUGAUACAUCUGAUGGCUUGCUUAUGUAUAGCCGGAGGAAGCUGAGAGGGAAAUCUAUUGGUGCUCGGAUUGAUGGCUUUCUAGUGUAUAGGCGGAAGAAAACCAAAGCAAAUAGUAUUUCUCAUGCUGAACAAGCGUGCAGAUCUCUGGAACUUAAAGCUAUUGGCGCAAGGGUUAAGGGCUUUCAAGUGUAUACGCGGAAGAAGGCUAAACUAAAUAGUGUUUCUCGUGGUAAACAACUAUCUUCUUCUGAUGGAACAAAUGACAGCUGCUCAUCACAAUCCAGCUCUAAACUUGCUUCAGGUUCCAGUAAAAAUGGAGAAAAUGAAGCUACAGAUUGCGAUUCCUCAGAUACAAUCCCUUUCAGACAGUGCAAACGUUGUGAUAAGGAAGGAAUUGUGGAGAAGAUGUUAAUUUGUGAUGAAUGUGAAGAAGCAUAUCAUCCAAGGUGCUGCCGUGUUCGAGUGAAAGAAGCUGCCGAGAUGGAUGACUGGGUCUGUCGACCCUGCUUGAAAAAGAAGUCAUCAAAGACAAAUGUUAAAGGGAGAUCACGGGAACGGAAAUGGAGAGUUACAGAACCAUUUAUUAUAAGAAUUCGAGUAGGAAAAGAGUUUCAAGCAGAUGUUCCAGACUGGUCAGGUCCAACCAUGAGUGAUACUUCUUUUCUUGGUGAACCCUUGGAGAUUGAUCAGUCAGAAUAUUUGCAUGAUCCCAAGAAGGCCAAGAAUGGGAAGAAACCACGUUCUGCAGAAAAUUGGCUCCAAUGCAGGGAUGAGGAUAGGAAUGGUGUUAUAUGCGGAAAGUGGCGUAGGGCUCCUCGCUCAGAGGUACAGACUAACAAGUGGGAAUGCUUCUGCUCCGUCUUUUGGGAUCCAUUGCAUGCUGAUUGUGCCGUCCCUCAGGAACUGGAAACAGAUGAGAUUAUGCAACAACUCAAGUACAUCAACAUGCUUAGACCGCGUUCAGACGCCAAAACACGAAAGAUAGGACCAAAGGGUCGAAGCGGAUCACAAAAAUGAAAAUAUUGAUGGACGCAAGCUUAGCCAAUAUCAAUUGCAUAUGCUUUUGCAUCAGAGACUCUAGAAAGGUAGUUCAGAAAAUUUUGUUAAACGCAAAUGAGUUUUGUACCAAUUGCGAAACUUCAGGAUGCUGAGAUGCUCUAUAAAAGAUUGAUCAGGUUAAGGUUUUUGUUAGCUCCCAAAACAGUAGUGGGUGAAGAGAUCUUUCGUGUUCAGGGGCAGGCUCUGGAUUAAAAUCUGAGAAUUAUUUUCAAAGUGAUAAAGCCUUGUAAAGCAUUCUGCUGAGUGUAGAUUCAUUCAUAUAAGUAAAUGAGUAUUACAUUCAAA